UUUUUCAAGUUCAUUCGACAUCGAUGUUGUAACGAAAAAUCGUCACAAUCGCGUUGAAUGGGCUGCUGCAAACUACAGAAAUACCGGAAAGGAAUUUCGGAUGAUCCUACCCCCUCCAAAUGUCACGGGAAAAUUGCAUCUUGGCCAUGCAUUAACCGUCACUAUUGAGGAUGCAUUGUGUCGGCAUCACAGAAUAAAAGGAGGCGUAGCGAGAUGGAUCCCGGGUUUUGACCAUGCAGGAAUAGCAACGCAGGUAGUAGUUGAGCAAGAUCUGUGGAAGAAGAAAGCCAUUCGACGGGAUCAAAUGUCAAGAGAGGACUUCGUUGAGCAUUGUCGACAGUGGAGUGAAAAUUCAACCUGCUUUUCUAGGAACUCGACUGCGAUUCGUGAACAGUUGAACAUUCUUGGUGCAACUUUGGAAUGGAAAAACGUCUACUAUACGCUGAAUGAAAAUUUUUCAUCAGCCGUCACCGAAGCAUUUGUCAGACUUUAUGAAGAUGGGUUAAUUUACCGAGACAAAAGAAUUGUGAAUUGGUGCCCUUCUUUGCAGAGUUCUAUAUCAGAUCAGGAGGUAACUCGCCUGGAUUUCUCAUCCCCCACAAAGAUUGUCGUUCCAUGUGCUGAAGGAGGAAAACGCGAAGUUCAAGUAGGGACUAUGUAUUCCGUCAUGUAUCCUUUGGAGGGGUCAGAUAGACUCAUUCCCGUUGCUACAACUCGUCCAGAAACAAUGUUCGCAGAUGUUGCGCUUGCAGUGCAUCCAGACGAUGCUCGCUAUUCUCAGUUUGUUGGGAAAGUUGUGCGUCACCCUCUUCGUAAGGAUUUGAAGAUCCCUGUUAUCGCUGAUAAAAGUGUACAGAUGAACAAAGGGACCGGUGUAUUGAAAAUUACUCCUUCUCACGAUGCCCUCGAUUGGGAGAUCGCGUCACGCCAUCGAGAAGAAAUUCUUGGUCAAGAUCAGAAUGCAUUGAGCAGAAAUUGUAUUGACGUUCAUGGUAGGCUCAACCAAGAGGCGAAUGAGUUUUCGGGUCUUGAUCGUUUCGAUGCAAGGCUUAAGAUUAUCGAGAAGUUGAGUUCGUCUGGACAUUUUGGUGGUACUAUCAAGCAUGACGGUCAGGUCAGUCUUUGCAGCCGAACAGGUGAUGUUGUCGAACCUCGUCUCACUGAUCAAUGGUUCAUGAACACCGAAGGACUUUAUGAGGACGCACGGCAAGCUGUUGAAAAAGGAAAAAUCAGAAUACUUCCUAAAAUUCAUGAACAAAAGCUCUUUGAUUGGUUAUCGAAUAAGGAUCCAUGGUGUCUUAGCAGGCAAUUGUUGUGGGGACAUCGUAUUCCGGCAUACCGUUCGGGAACUUCAUCAUGGUUCGUAGCGAAAUCGCUAGAUCACGCCCAUGAUCAUUUUGGCCGAAACGCUGAAAUAUUGCAAGAUGAUGAUGUGCUGGACACUUGGUUUAGCUCAUCAUUGAUACCGCUGGUUAACGCUGGUUGGCCAGGCCCGAACUUCAAUUCAUCGGUGCCCCUUUUAGACGUCAUGGAAACCGGAUGGGAUAUACUUGGAUUCUGGGUUGCUAGAAUGAUCAUCAUGACAAUGAAGUUAUCCGGUGGGCAGGUGCCAUUUAGCAAUGUGCUUCUUCAUGGUUUAGUCAGAGAUUCAGCCGGGAAGAAGAUGAGCAAAUCCCUUGGUAACGUUAUCGAUCCACUUGAUGUUGUGGAUGGGAUUACUAGAGAAGAAAUGAUCAAGCGAGUUGAAAACAGCAAUCUCUCAAAAGAGGAAAUCGCCAUUUCCACUCGCUUUCCUGAAGGGAUAGCUCGAGCUGGCCCAGACGCGCUUCGUUUCGCUUUGUUACGUCACGACUUGUUGGCUACUGAUAUUCCCGUGAACAUAGGACUUCGCUUUUGUAACAAAUUGUGGAAUUUGGUGACCUACAUCGAGACGGUAACCGAGAGCUCGCAAACAGUAAAGGACGUGGAUUCUGAACAUCCGGCGGAUGAAUGGAUUCUGUCACGGUUAGGAGCUACAUUGGAACGGGUAGACAAACACAUGACGGAAUACAUGCCACACCUUGCCUUUGCAGAGUUGCAAAACUUUAUUUUGGGAUCACUCUGCGAUGUGUACCUGGAGACCACCAAAAAUGCACUCUGGACUAAAAACUUUGCCAGAAUCGCAGAGAUUCGUACAACAUUGAGUCGCGUUGUGCAACCGACGCUUGUCCAACUUUCUGUCUUCAUGCCUUUUGUGGCUGAACAUCUUUAUGAACGCGUGUUCAAGAGAGAGCCUGGUUCCAUCUAUUUUGAUUUUGUUAACGCUUCCUUCUUUCGGCUGCAGAGAUCCAUUGAGCUCGAGUCUGACAUGGACAUUGUACUUAGAAUAGUUAGCACUAUACGAUCCUUACGCAGUCAACUUCAGCUGCCUUCUUCAAUGGUUUUUAGAGGAGUGUUGCAUUGUGAUAAUGCGUCUUCUGACUUUGCCCGACUUUCAUCGAUACUUUUUGAUUUGGCGAAAUUUGAUCUAUCAAAUGUAUGUUCUCUCGAUCAUGCCGUUUCGCCAGGAUUUACAAUUUGUCCUCUUCCUGGAAGCAGUGGCCACUUAUCGCUCAAAAUUGAGGUUAGCUUUUGA